AUGACGGCUUUAUCUCUUGGGAAGAGUUUGUGUCGUACUUUGCUGAUGGAGUCAUGGGGAAGGAAGAGUUGCGCCACUUGUUUGAUGAGAUUGACACUCACAACACAAAGUUAGCCAUUACUUUUGUUAUUGUUAUUUGUUAAGUUUGUCAUAGAUUAUGCUUUAGAAAGAAAAAGAGGGGGGCUAAUGAAUUAUUUUUGAACAAUAAAUAUUAGGUCUUAAACUUUUUUAGAAAGAAUAUUUUGAAAACCUAAAUUAAUGAUAACAAUAAUAGUUAUUUCUAUUUGAACUAGUCAUCAAAAUUAAAAAAUCUUUCUUUAGCAAUCUAUAGUUUCUUUAUGAAAGCUACUGAGCUUGGGGGCUUCAAUUCUAUUUAAGUCAGUUUUUCAGACAUUUCAAUUCUAUUUAAGUCAGUUUUUUUCAGACAUUUCAAUUCUAUUUAAGUUAGUUUUUUUUCAGACAUUUCAAUUCUAUUUAAGUUAGUUUUUUUCAGACAUUUCAAUCCUAUUUAAGUUAGUUUUAUUCAGACAUUUCAAUUCUAUUUAAGUUAGUUUUUUUCAGACAUUUCAAUCCUAUUUAAGUUAGUUUUUUUCAGACAUUUCAAUCCUAUUUAAGUUAGUUUUUUUCAGACAUUUCAAUCCUAUUUAAGAUAGUUUUUUUUCAGACAUUUCAAUCCUAUUUAAGUUAGUUUUUCAGACAUUUCAAUCCUAUUUAAGUUAUUUUUUUUCAGACAUUUCAAUCCUAUUUAAGUUAGUUUUUCAGACAUUUCAAUCCUAUUUAAGUUAGUUUUUCAGACAUUUCAAUCCUAUUUAAGAUAGUUUUUUUCAGACAUUUCAAUCCUGUUUAAGUUAGUUUUUCAAACAUUUAAGUUUAAGUUUAAUCAAGAGAUACUGUCUAUGCUAUUUUAUUCAGCAACAUCGACACAGUAGAGCUGUGCACUUACUUUGGAAAGCAUCUGGGUGAGGAAUAUAAAGAGACAUUUGGUUUUCUUGAAGAGAUGAACACAAAGAUGACAAAUGUCUUGUAUCGGACAUCCAAAGUAAGUUUGCACACCUUCAAGUUGACAUUUAUCAUUUAGAAUUCUUGUGGCAUGUGAUCACUUGUCUUUUUUUAAACAGAUUUAGUAGAUAAUUUAGAGACAGGUUUUUGCAUUUAGUUCAGCAAGUUUUUGUUUUGUUUUCUGGUUUAAUUUGCAUUAAAACUUUCAAACUGAUGUUUAAGAAUAAUAAAUGUAUUUUUUUUUUAAAAUAAUGAUGACACUAUCAGUGAAGAUUGCCCUAUUGACUUUUGUUGCAUCCACACGUUCAGACUUAUCAAGAUGCAAGUCGAAUAGAGAAGUUCAUGAACCGCUUUUUUCUGAAAGAGAUUCUCAAUCAAAUAUCGGCACUGCAGCAUCCUUUUGAUGCUGCUUUGGAAUCACUGGACAGUCAAGCCAGGGAGGAGAGGUAGAUCUAUUUUAACACAAGUCCUGAUUUGGCAAAAGUUGAACAUUUUCAUGAUCUGUGCUGAAAGGCAUACAUUUAGAGGUGUCUCUUUAACUUUGGUAAAUGUGCUUGAACAGUAGUUGCUGUUUUUGGCUUGUACAUAUAUGUUUCAGACCAUCAUCAUCUUCAAAUUUUUAUUUCCACUGCUCAUCAGAAUUUACUAAGAAGCAUUCUUAGUGCCAAGAGGUAUGAUAUCACGUUUAACUCGACUCCCGAUCAAGCACAAUGUGAGCAGAUGUCAGAGGUAGCGAGGUACAUAAAAUAAUCACUCGUCCAAGCUAAGCAGGAACCAAUAAUGAUGACGUUUCUUGGAACCAUUCAAGCUAUCGUGUUUUGCAUCGUGUGUAAAAAAAAUUUAAACCCCAGCACUGAUUAGUUUUGUAGACUACUUAAGAAAAUAAGUUUACUUAUUUCAACUUUUGCAGCUCAAACAUACUGCCAGUGGACAUUGAUGAUAUCAGGAAACCAGUCACAUCAUCUAUAAUACCAGGCCGUGUUGUCAGGCGAACUAAACGUCAAGUCAGUUCGAUGAGCACAGGAUCAGGGGAAGGUAAUAUUUGUUUACACAUUUUCCCAUCCUACUAAUUUUAAUGACAAGUGAUUUUUUUUAAUAUCAGUUGUUUUUUUCCAGUUUAAAUAAUCUCAGUUUAGAAGUAAACAAAUGUGUUUUUUUUUAAUCUCUUAUGAUAAAAGCUGUAAAAUAUUUGAUGCAUAAAAAUUUCCUUUUUUUUUUUUCUCACUGUAGAUCUACUUCUAAUAAAUGUGUAAAAUUUUCAAUUUUCACAAAGAAAUAUCAGAAUUUGUAUUUAAUAAAACCAGGAAUCAUUAACAUAGGCUUUAUCAGGUGCCAAAUCUUGAAUUGGUCAUUAUGCUUCAGUUGAUGAGCUGUUCUUAAUUUUUGGGGUUUUAAUUUGGCAGCCAUUUUAAAAUGCUUACAAAUUUGAUACAUUGGGUAGUCAAGUGUUGCAAAGACCAAUUCAGAUCUGUAGAAUGCUUACUUUCCCAUCAUUUGUUGCAGUGAUAGAGGUAGUAGAAAUCAAUUCAGGUAUGCACAGAUAAUUGUUUUAUGUAAAAAGAAUUCUGCAAGUUCUGCACAGCUCUUCAUUAAUGUUGUGGCAAUUUUGUAAUUUUUUCAUUUUUUAUUGUCCUUCUCUAAUGUUAUAUCUUGAUGGUUAGAUUCUAAUGGUUAUAUUUUAUUCCUUGACUAUGACCUUUGAAAUUUAAUUGUGUGCAGUAAAUCUUUUAAUUCUUGGUAUUUUUUUAAAUUUAAAAACUGUUGAUGAAUUAAAUUAAUUUUUCGCGACCUCAAAUGGUACAGAAAAAAAAAAAAAAAGUUUACCUAUCUGGUAAAUUAAAACAAUGAAGCAAAGUGACCCAAAGCUUAAACAUGGAAGCCAGUAGAAGAGCCCGGUCACACUAAUGAAAACUGAACACUGUCAGGACAGAAGCUUCUUCCAUAAACUUGAUGACAACAUCAUGCUGUGACCGUGCACAAGCCUCGGAGACAAUUUCUCACCUCAGAGGCGUAGGGAGAGGGGGGGGGGACAGAUGUCCCCGGGCGCCAGCUAGUUAGGGGUGCCAAAAUGUGCUUUGAUAUUAUAUUAUUGGUAAAAAUAAUAGGUUUGAGAGUUGAAAAAAAGAAAAGGGGGCACUUUAAAAUGGAUCUUGUCCCCGGGCUCGAAUCUUGUCCCCAGGCGCCAAACACCCUCACUACGCCUCUGUGUCACCUGCUGACUCAGUACCCUGGACUGGAGCGGGGAAGCGCGGGGGUGAUGUGAAACCCUCCCAGAUGAUGCAUGACAAAGCCCAACAGAUGGGGCUAGCAGAAUCAUGAUUUUACACAUUUUUAUAGUCCUGUGUUUUUGUAUUAGAUAAGUACUAUGACUUAAUAGUCCUGUGUUUUUGUAUUAGAUAAGUACUAUGACUUAAUAGUCCUGUGUUUUUCUAUUAGAUAAGUACUAUGACUUAAUAGUCCUGUGUUUUUCUAUUAGAUAAGUACUAUGACUUAAUAGUCCUGUGUUUUUCUAUUAGAUAAGUACUAUGACUUAAUAGUCCUGUGUUUUUCUAUUAGAUAAGUACUAUGACUUAAUAGUCCUGUGUUUUUCUAUUAGAUAAGUACUAUGACUUAAUAGUCCUGUGUUUUUCUAUUAGAUAAGUACUAUGACUUAAUAGUCCUGUGUUUUUCUAUUAGAUAAGUACUAUGACUUAAUAGUCCUGUGUUUUUCUAUUAGAUAAGUACUAUGACUUAAUAGUCCUGUGUUUUUCUAUUAGAUAAGUACUAUGACUUAAUAGUCAUAAAAUUUCCUCUUGGAUCCAUUUUUUUGGCUCAUAUAUGUUAAUGUGUCAAAUGUUUCAAGAUGUUAGUCUUAAUGUUUUUUUUAAAAUUCAAUAAAUUAUUUAUUGAAUUUUCUUUGCAUGGUUUCUUGUGGCUACCGUGUAUACUCGUGUAUAAGCCGAGACAUUUUAGUCGUAAACUUCAUAUUUGAAAUACAGAGUCGACUUAUCCAUGGAUCUGUGCUGGUUUCAAUAGAAUUUUGUACAUUAAAUGCAGGGUAAUUUCGAGUUACUGAUAAUGCCAGUGCAUUUACCGGUAACUGCAUGUUGACCCAGAUACCGGGUACACACACAGACAAAAACAACUGUUAAUGCUUGACUGAAAUCUGAUACCAAGCCACAUGUGUCAUCGCUGAUUGCUGAGUCCAUCAGCCUCCACCAUUGGCAGGAGGGAGGACACUGACAUAAAUCGCGGGUAUGUUACAUGAGGCACCCACUUCAAACAAGUGUUGGCCUAAUGACACUGGCCAUAGUUUAGUUUACAGUGCAGUGAUUGCUGCUUAGCACUGCUAGGUAUAAUCUGACAAAAUUAUAAACAUCACUGAAUUUCAUUGCCCCAAGUUUUACCCUCAACUUAUUCAAGAGUCAUACCAUAUUUCAUAAUUGUUGGUAAAAAAAUUUCCCUCGAAUUAUAGACAAGAUCGACUUAUAGGCGAGUAUAAACUGUGUAUAUUUUGUAACGGUAUAUAAAACAAGAGAUACACGGAGACCCAAUUUCGAUGUGUUAAUUUUUUUGUAUAAAAUAUUAAAUCCAAGAAUGAAAUUUUGGAUUACUUUUCUUCUUCUUCUAUAUAUUUAGGCCCCACGAUCAAUGAAUUGAUCAUUCUGGCUCUAUUGAUGUUAACCAAAAUCUAAACUCACAUUUUGAACUUCAAGCACUCAAAUUCAAAUAUAAUUUGCUAACUUUUAAAUUUGUUUUCAAAUUCUUGUCAAUGUCAGUUCUUUCUACAAAUGUUCUUAAGUUAAAAAUUUUUUUUUUUUUAAUUGUUUUAAAGAACAUUUUCCUAGUAUGAUUUUAAAAUUAUAGUUCUUUUUGUUCUUUGGAGCUCUUUGUACAAUUAAAUUCUCGUUUUGAAAAUAUUAGUGUAUACGUUUGGAGAAAAAAAGUUCUAUUCCUUUAAUUUUUUUUAAAGAUAACAAAAGUAUAAUGAGUGUUGGCAUGGCAUCGAGGAGUGAAUAAAUCAAAAAGUAUAGAUUAGAUGCUAUGCAUUGUGAACAGUUUUAAAAUAGGCAGUGCUGUAUACCUCUUUAUUCAUUUCCAGGGGGUCCCAUGAUGAACCAGCAGAUUGAGAGACUGGCCGCCUUGCUGGAUCGCAUAGAACGCAAAGUAAGUAUCAUCAAUAUUUUUUUGCAAACAAAUUAAUUGAAUGAAUUACCUUGUUGAACAGAGGGACUUAUAAUAAACCAAGUGUCUUUCUUUGAUAAUCAUUGAACCAGUUAUAAACUAAGUGUCUGUCUUUGAGAACCAUUGAACCAGUCAUAAAGUAAGAUUCUUUCUUUGAGAACGAUUGAACCAGUUUCAGACUUUGGCUUGAAACAUUAGGAGAUGAAUUGCUGCUAUUUAAAUACUGUUGCUUUCCUGAGGAAAAUAUUAUUUUUAAAAUUCAUUCCUACAUUAAUAUAAUAACGCUUUGCGUGAGGCACACAACUUGUCCACACUGUCCUUUGUGAGCAUGAAUGUGUCCAAUAAUGUCUUCUUCUCCACAGGUGAACUUUGAGGGCUUCAGGGAUGAAGAAGUUGUCAUGGGUGAGGAUGACACGGUGAGUAUUUGGUAUAAUCUGACAUUUGCACAGUGAUCACUCAUUCAAGGCUGAAGGUUACUUCAUUUUUUUGUGUUGUCAUAGCUACACAGUAAUAAAUUAUUUUGUUUUGCUUCUCAGCUUCCCUUUGUGUCAUUGUUUAACUUAGUUUUAGAUUUGAGUAUGAUGUCAUAAACGCUUAAAGAACCUUUUUCAAGGUUAUUUUAACGUGCACCUAAUUAUUAAAUUGUACUGUUCGUGUUAGGUCCUCCUUGUGCAGAGAGAAUUUGUUUUGCAGCCGGCAAAGUUAGAUGAAUUCAUUGCACAGCUUCGUGCCUAUGUUGAUACAACACAGGGCUUCAGGGGUUGUCUGAAGUAAGUGUGACAGAGUUGAUACAAUGCAGGGCUUCGGGGGUUGUCUGAAGUAAGUGACAGAGUUGAUACCACACAGGGCUUCAGGGGUUGUCUGAAGUAAGUGUGACAGAGUUGAUUCAACACAGGGCUUCGGGGGUUGUCUGAAGUAAGUGACAGAGUUGAUACCACACAGGGCUUCAGGGGUUGUCUGAAGUAAGUGUGACAGAGUUGAUACAAUGCAGGGCGUCGGGGGUUGUCUGAAGUGACAGAGAUGAUACCACACAGGUGCUUCAGGGGUUGUCUGAAGUAAGUGUGACAGAGUUGAUACAACACAGGGCUUCGGGGGUUGUCUGAAGUAAGUGACAGAGUUGAUACCACACAGGGCUUCAGGGGUUGUCUGAAGUAAGUGUGACAGAGUUGAUACAAUGCAGGGCUUCGGGGGUUGUCUGAAGUGACAGAGUUGAUACCACACAGGGCUUCAGGGGUUGUCUGAAGUAAGUGUGACAGAGUUGAUUCAACACAGGGCUUCAGGGGUUGUCUGAAGUAAGUGUGACAGAGUUGAUUCAACACAGGGGUUGUCUGAAGUAAGUGUGACAGAGUUGAUUCAACACAGGGCUUCAGGGGUUGUCUGAAGUAAGUGUGACAGAGUUGAUUCAACACAGGGGUUCAGGGGUGGUCUGAAGUAAAUGUGACUGAGUUGAUACAACACAGGGGUUGUCGGAAGUAAGUGUCAACAAAGUCUUAUUGAAGAAGCAAUCAGUGGAGUUAAAGUAUAAUAAGAUGCAUGCUCUUAGUACUUCCCAUGGGUAAGUGUUAUUGAUAACAUUGCCUCCAAAGGCUUGUCAUUUAUAGGGAAAGCUUAGAUUUAUUUUAAAAUAAAAUAUAGACCUUUACAGCAAUUAGAUUUAAUUAGCGAAAGGCUUGGCGACAUAAUCUUUAAGUCCUUUAAUAUUUAUGCAUUAAUUUAACGGAUAAAGGAAGAUUUCAUUAAGCUUUUUAAAAAAUGAAAUAGCAACGUGGCUGAAUGUUUUGAAUGUGGUUAAUGAUUUCCUAUUGUAUUUUGGUUUGAUUUAGCGUGAGUGUAAGAGAACUUCGAGAGAGCCACUCCUUCACUGUGUAUGAAUUGUGGACCACAGAAGAGAAAUAUGUGAUGUGAGUUGUCUAUUGUUAACAUGUUUUUCAUGUUAAGUCCAUGGCAUUCACUGAACUUUCUGUAUAGAGUAAAAUAUUAUUGAAAAAUCUUGUAUUUAGUUACAAAUAAUUGAUGAUAAUCUUUUAAAACUUUAAUGAAAUUGGUUUGUAAAACUGUUUGUGUUGUUUAGGAGGCUGUGUUAUUGUCCAGUUUUUCUACCCAGGGUGUCCUUUUUCGGGGAGCUAUAGUCAAGGGUGAUUAGUUUUAAAUAGCUAUUUUUGGGAUAAUUUAACUGUUCUGUUACGAUUUUUAAUCUAUGUCAGUUUUUCAGUUUUGAUAUAGCAAAGCCACUAAAGUUUUGUUUGUACUUACUGUUACCCCAUAUCUUAAUUAUUUUUUGGGGGGGGGGGGGGGGGGAGAAUAUUAUUUAUGUUGUGCAAGGAUCAAGUUUGUAUUAUCUAUAGUGAUCAAACUCUAUUUAAUGAUUUCAUUUUACAGCAAUUGUGACAGUGAACCAACAAAACUCCUUGUCAGCCAGACAGCAGAAAAGUUAGAGAAGCCAGAGACUGUGCAUUCAAUGAAAAUACCCAGU